AUGAAUUCAACCAACACCAACAAUAUCUACCUAGGAGUAGAUUCCAACAACGAAUCCUGCGCCGAAGUCUUCGCAUACGGAAAAUGCAUUCCCAUCGCCAAUACGCCAUCGACCUCUAGCCAGAAAACCCUGAUCAUUAUCGUGGUAUUUAUUCUCCUUAUAGCAGCUUUCGGACUGGCUAUCAUUGCUCAAUCUGUGCGUUGGUACAGAGCCCAGAUACAGAAACCUUGGGAUGAGGAAAAGCGAAUUGCGGAUGAGAGGAGGAUGUCUAUGACUAAUGAAACCUAUCUGAAAGGAAAUGGAAUUCAUUAUCCGGCUAGAACCUCCGGUGAUUGGGGAGACGAGGUUCAUUUGAGAGGAGGAGGGAAGUAG